UUUCGUCUUGCCCUCAUUAUUUAAUGACUUAUUAAUAACUAAAUUAAUAAUAAUACGUCAAACAUCAAAAAUGAAACACGGAAAACAUCACAAAAAGAUAGGCCGUAACUUUAGUCACCGAAUGGCAAUGUUACGAAACAUGGUUUCCUCUUUAAUUGUACACAAUAGAAUAAGAACCACUUUACCGAAAGCUAAAGCGGCAAGUAGACUAGCUGAGAAGAUGGUAACAUGGGGAAAGAGGGGGGACGAACAUGCCAAAACUCAAGCAAUGAGGUUUCUUCGGGAACAUCGUUUGACAAUUCCCAAACUCUUUAAUGAGAUGGCAGAUCGUUAUCGAACUCGUGAAGGAGGUUACACACGCAUCCAUAAACUAGGAUAUCGUGAUGGUGAUAAUGCACCAAUGGCAGUUUUAGAAUAUGUGGAUACACCAGAAGAUCUAAAAUAUUCUAUGCUCAUAAAACGAUUAGCAAGAAUAGAGCUUGAGCCAUCUCUUAGAGUAUCCCCUACAAUAAUUGAAGAUGGACAAGCUCCAAAAAUGGAGAAACGAGAUUUUAAAAAAUCAUUGAAUCAUAUUAAAGGACAAAAAAAAUUUGAUAAAAAUGUAGAAAAAAUGAUGAAAUCACAGGAAAUGUCUAAGGAUGACCUGGACAAAAAAGUUUCAACUGAAAGUUGCAAACUGAGAGCAAGAUUAGAAGAAAAGAAGGUCAUCUUUCGUACGAAUCAUAUUAAAUAUACGGUGUCGGAAAAUCUUUAGAGUUAAAAUAAUCUUGUUGAUAAAUAAAAAUACAAAUAUUUAAAAUAUACGGUCAAACAUGAUUUAUUCCUCAUGUACAUGGGGUCACAAAAAUGAGGAUGACGUGAAUUUUGAUGUAAUAUUUUCCUUUUUAGGAAGAACUUGCAUUAUAUAAUUUGUUUAAUGUAUCAAAGAGC